GUGUCGGGAGAAAAGUGUUGUACUCCGAUUUUACGGAUGCUCUUUAAAAUGUUGAGGAUAUUUCUCACCCUUGCUCUCCUGGCAGCUGUACAAUGUAGAUUUGGAGGUGGACUUUUUCAUUCUGAUUACUACUACGAGGGGGAAUCUGAAUCUGAGUCCAGCGAAUCUUCAAGCGAAUCCUCCAGUGAAACCUCGAGCGAACCCCCACCAUGCCCGUGUACCCCGCUCGACGUCGGCCAGUGUUGUGACGACUGUCAUUACUGUAAAGAUGAAAAUGCCAUAUGUGAUACAUACGGAUAUAGUAAAAUGUGCAUCUGCAAAGAUGGCUUCAUAUUCGACUAUGAAUGCAAGAAGUGCGUUCCUGGCUAG